AUGCCGGAAGACCUUCCUUCUUUGAAGAAACUUGCAAUUCGUAGUUGCCGGAAGUUGAUAAUUUCUGUUCAAAACUUUCCCUUGCUUUCAGAAUUAGAAAUUCAUGGUUGCCACGAGGUAAUUUAUAAAGGUUUUGUAGAUUAUAGCUCUAUAAAAAUAAUCUCGUUUGUAGGGAUUUCCAAGUUUAGUUGGGCAGCAGAAUGCUUGAGGUUAAGAUCAACAAAAGUGGAAUCGUUUGAGAUUGGUGAUUGUGAGGAGUUGUGCUCUUCUCGAGAGAACAAUUGGGGAUUGCUAACUCAGUCCAUGUCCCCCCAGUAUUUGAGAAUUGAAAAAUGUCCGCAACUUGUAUCCAUAGCAACAGAAGAGGAAAGAGAAGAAUUGAUGCAAUUGAAGAUUCCUUCUAGCAUUGUAACAAUGACAAUAAGGAAUUGUGAAAGGCUAGAAAGACUAUCGACAACCUUGUACUCCCUCACAUUACUUAUGAAACUACUGCUUAACGGUUGCCCAAAAUUGGUUUCUGUUGUAAGGAGCAAUUUGCCUUCGAAUCUGAAAGUGUUAUGGAUUAGUUUUUGUAAAAAUUUGCAAUGUGUGUUGUUGGAUGAAGGAGAGGCUGUUGACUCCAACAAUGCAUGUGUUCUUCAGAAGUUGAAUAUUGUCAGUUGUGAAUCGCUAAAGAGAAUAAAUAGAAGUGUGUUGCCCUCCACACUGAAAACACUUCAAAUACACCAGUGUCCAAAGCUAGAGUCCAUAUCCCAAGAAAUUCAAGAUAACUCUUCUCUUGAAUCUAUUGAAAUCUAUAGAUGUGACAUGCUUAAGGGUUUACCUCAAGGAUUGAACAAGCUCAAGCAUUUCACGAGCUUAUACAUAAGUAAUUGUUCAAAUUUGAUUUCCUUAGCCGAGAGUGGUUUGCCCACCACAAACCUUGAAGUGCUCCGCUUCAGCUCUUGUAGAAGUCUCCAAGCUUUGCCUGGGAAUAUGCACAGUCUCAACGCUCUCAAAGGAUUAGCAAUAUGGAAUUGUCCAAAUGUGGAAUCCAUUCUGGAAGGGGGGAUUCCUACCAAUCUCACAUCGCUUUCAAUUGGUGGACCCAAAAUCUGGAAGGCAAUACUUGAGAGGGAUUUGCAUGCACUCACUUGUCUUAAAUCUCUCUCCAUAUCAAAUGGGUGUCCAAAUGCAGUGUCAUUUCCUCAAGAUGAGAAAGGAGUCACACUGCCCUCCUCUCUCACCAGUCUCUUCAUCUCAGAUUUCCCAAAACUGGAGAAUCUAUCCUCCAAUGGCUUUCGCAACCUCACUUCUCUCCAGUGCUUGAUUAUCGAAAAUUGCCCAAACCUGAAGACUCUUCCGGGAAACAAUAUGCUUUCUCUCCAGUGCUUGACUAUCGAAAAUUGCCCAAACCUCAAGUCUCUUCCAGGAAACAAUAUGCUUUCUUCGCUUUUCGAGCUAGAAAUCAGGGGGUGUCCAAUGAUGGAAGAACGGUGCAAAAGGGGUAAAGGACCUGAGUGGUCUAAAAUUACCCACAUACCUCGUGUUGCUGUUCGGGAAUAA